GCUCCGCAGUCCGCACCAUUGCCUCAAGAAAAAAAAAUACGAGCUCCGCACCACCAAGCCACCAACAGCCGGCGGCGGCGAACCUCCCCACUUCCCCCGUCGCCGCCGGCGACGUCCCCUGCACCGGCGCCAUGCUCCGCCUCCGAACCUGCAUCCUCACCCAUCCCCCCUCUUCGCCCGCCACCCAUCCCGUCCCCUGUCUCCACCGCCUCCUCUCCGCCGCCGCGCCCGCCGUCUCCCCAGGCCCCCGAUUCGCCGUCGAGGACUACCUCGUCGACACCUGCGGCCUCACCCGAGCGCAGGCCCUCAAGGCCUCCACCAAGCUCUCCCACCUCAAAUCCCCCACGAACCCCGACGCCGUGCUCGCCUUCCUCGCCGGCCUCGGCCUAUCCAGCGCCGACGUCGCCGCACUCGUGGCCCGCGACCCGAAGUUUCUCUGCGCCGGCGUCGAGAGAACCCUGUCUCCCAUCCUCGCCGGGCUCACCGGCCUCGGCCUAUCGCGCUCUGAGAUCGCGCGCGUCGCCUCGCUCGCACCCCGCAGCUUCCGCUCUAGAUCUGUCGUUUCCGGGCUGGAGUACUACCUCCCCCUCUUUAGCUCCUCCGAGAGCCUUCUCCGGGGGCUCAAGAAAUACAAGUACUUUCUCAGUUCUGAUCCAGAGAGGGUGGUCAAGCCCAAUAUUGAGUUACUGCGGGAGUGCGGGCUAGGCACUUCCGAUAUUGCGAAGCUCUGCCUCGCUGUGCCAUGGCUGCUCAGUGCCAAGCCGGAGCGCGUCCAGGUGAUGCUGGCGUGCGCGGAACGUCUCGGUGUGCCCCGUGGAUCGGGGAUGUUCAGGCACACUUUGAAGGCUGUUGAAUCCCUUAGUGAGGAGAAGCUCGCCGCCAAAGUGGAGUACUUAAGGAACACGUUCAGGUGGUCGGAUGCUGAGGUGGGCAUUGCUCUUCGUAAGGCCCCACUGAUGCUGACCAAAUCCAAUCAGACAAUGCAGAGCAAGUCGGAGUUUCUUAUCUCUGAGAUGGGGUUGGAACCGGCGUACCUUGCUCAUUGCCCGGUAAUGCUCUGCCUUAGUCUGGAGGGCCGAGUCAAGCCACGGUGCUAUGUUAUAAAGUUUCUUAAGGCAAAUGGAUUGCUAGAUCGCCACUGGACCUAUGGGACAAUUGUCAGGGUGUCCGAGAUGGUAUUUGUGGAGACGUUCAUAUGCCCUCACAAGGAAGCUGCACCGAACCUUGCUGAAGAUUAUGAUGCCGCAUGCAGAGGGGAAAUGCCGACUAAUUUCAGAUUUACAUGAACCAAGAACGGGCUAUGAGAAUUGGUAGCUGCAUAUGGCGCGAAAAAGUUUUCACUCUGCAUGGUAAUCUGAUGGGUAUCUGGUCUACUGUUCAAAACCAUGAGAUGUCAUUCUUUUGAAAUCAAUGAGUCAAAGUUUUCCCCUGUUAAAAUGCACGAAAGAUGUAUUGGAGCUAAGACAGUACGAGAUCAGGCCAUUCAGCAAGUGAAUUGAGAGUAUCAGUGAGCUAUUCUCUGUACUUUUCAAGUACAAUAAUCUGCUUCAGCUGGUUUUCAACUAUAAAUAUUGGGCUACUUUGUUGGUGAGCCUAUCCUGCAGUGUAGGUUUGUCAAGCAUCAGCCGCCAAUGAAAGCCACUCUGAUUUUGAAGUAACAUAAUCUGCUUCAGCUGUGCCUGACCAAGCAAGUGGCAAAUCUGAGCUCUAUGGAAUGCUUACAUAUAUCAACGAUGAAAUGAUCUGGAUUUUGCAACUCUAAGCUCAGCAAGAGGUGCCAAAAGGAUAAUGUCUUUGAUUGGCUUAAGACUGCUCAUAUCUGUAACAUAGAUAUUUGGUGAGGUAUGAAGCGUAGGAUGAAAUAUAUGAACUGCCAAAAUCUAAACCCAGGACAAUAUAUCUUGGCUUCCAUUGGGUUUGAUGUACAUCGGUAAAUGGCUAUGUGUCUGCGUCAACUCUCCAAAGAAUGCAUCACUUGGUAUCUCCAAAACUUCCAGUGCUGAAAGCCUGAAAUUGCCUUUUGUAUUUCCUUUGCAUCCAUAGAUUUGAUAUCUACCUUAGAUGUUCAGUGUUAAAAGCUUCACAUCAGUAUAUCUUGGCUUCCAUUGGGUUUGAUGCCCAUUCCGUAGUUGUUUAAGUAACCUUAGCAAGACAAUGCUAUUUAAAAAAAAAAUCUUCUGAUUCUUGGGAAUAAUUUCAUCACAUGAUCCAAAUAUCUGAUUAUGCUUCUAAGCUAAAUACUCAAAAGUAUGGCCCUAUGGAUAAAAUGUUCAUGUUUUCCAUGUAACACAGCCCUACUUCUAUCUUCAUGCUAUCCGUAGUCAUGUUGUGCAUGGCCCUGUAAAUAGUUUUUGUUACUACUCCCUCUGUCCGAAAAAUAUCUAGCACUAACUUGGUGCUAGAUACAUCCAUUUGAGAAAUAAGCUUCGGACAAGCUUUUUCGGACGGAGGGAGUACUAUUUUGCUUCAAGUAUCAUAGCUGCCAUAUGCACAUACUACUCAGACAGGCUCUAUAAGUAUAUUUUUACUUACUGUUAUCCUCUGUGUAUUAACAUGAUCAAUGCAUAUUAUAUGUACCCUUCUAUAAGUAUUUUUCCUUCGGAGCUAAUGAUAUCUCUGUGCUUUUGUAUGUGUGUUUGCCAAUGCCAUGGUUGAAUUAUUUUUUGUGUGUACACCGAAAACUGUAGGGGCUACUUACCUGACACUAAAUAUUUGCAACCCACCUAAAUAUUUAAGCAAUUUUACGUGUCUUCCAAUAAACCUGCACAACAUGAUUGCACAUCGUUCGGGCAGAUUUCUCCUCCAUUGUCAUGAUGAUUUGGCAGCAUGUUUGGAGAGAAAAAAUGACAGGAUCUUCGAUCUGAAGGCAGUGAACUUAAUGGCAAUCUGUGAUCGCAUCUCAGAGGAGAUAUACACAUACACUUGCAUUUGGCUAAGUCUGAAAGAUGGAAACCAGGGUGCAAGUCUGUGGGCAGUGGGCCGGGCACACGACCACCAGCUGCUACUACUUGUGGACUGCUUUAGUAGCCGCAUGUUCCCGAUAUGAACUUUAUGUACUAUCAGUCACAGGGUGAAACUUCAGGUGACAAGGCUGGCGAAUCAUCAAGGUGCGAGAUACAUCAUGCACUCAAGUUUUGUGUGCCAAGUAGUUUCCAGGACCAAAUCUUCACUCUGUUCAAAUAUCGGCAUGAUGAGGACCACGGGAACAUCCUCUGCUGCAAAAGUUUGACGAAUCGAUCCCAUGCCCCACGUUUCAGUCACUGCCUCCAUGAGCACGGUAACUUGCCAACUUCAGUAGGGAGAUUGGCACUGGCAUGACUACCUGACUGUCGGGUAACACCCUCCAGGCACCCAUGGACCAGACAAGGUACGAAUCUGAGUUCUGUCUCCUUCAGAAGUUGCACACCUUUCAGAAUACUCUGCUACACUCCACUGCGCUCAACAUGAAGGAUAUUUGAGACUUAUGUUUAUGUAUAGGUUUUUUUUUUAUACUUCCAUGUUGGGAUUGGUCCGGCAUCGCCCCCAACAGUGCACACCCACUCUUUAUGACUAAAAACAAUUCUGGGUGCUUGUAGUGCAACAAAAGUAUGUUUUACUUAUGAAAUAUCACCAUUUAUUUGUCUAAGAAACAUGUUGAUUUUGCAACUACGAGAUCUUCCACUUAUUUGGUUUCAUUUUACAUUCUGUCAGUAUAUGUGCUACAUAGACAUCACUAAUUCACUUUCUCCCGCACCAGUAGACUGCAGUUAAUAUGCAAUUGCAAAUGCCCUGAUUUCUUGCUGGGAGUAUUUGCCAGAUACUCCAAUCUUCUAAUUGCCACCAUUUCAGCCAAGGAAUGACCAUCCUUUAAACAGACUGUAAAACAAUGUAAUCUUGUAGAAAUUCGACCCCCCCAAAAUAACCCAUUGGAGAUUACUCCAUUUCUUUACGCGUUGCAGAAUUUUAAAGUGUGCUCUAAAUUGUACUACAUCAUACCAAUGACCCGACCUGGGUAAAACACUGACUUCAAAAUAAGCAGCAUAUUCUACCGUUUUUUUUUGGUUGAGAAAACGCAAAAGCCUUGUGUUUCAUUCCAUUGAGAAGGUAGAAGAGACACAGUACACACACCCAAACAUGCAGGGAAGAAAACGAUUACAGAGCGCAACAAAUUAUUAUGUAACUAUGUUUGUGCCAACAUUACAAAUUAUUACGAGACCUUGUAUACUGGCAGAAAGCUCCAAAAUUA